AUGAUGAAAAUGUUACCUUUUUUCCAAAGUGGUCCUAUUGGAAUACGCAAUGGAUCAGAGGGUUGCAUUGGUGCAAACACACAGCUUGAAAACCCUUUGACAUCAGUAGCUGAGCAGGUCCCUGCGUGUCCUGAACCUUCUGGAGAUGCGAACUGGUCCAGAGACCAGGAGAAGAUGAAAAGUGAAAGGCCAGAGGCAGCCUGCAGACCCUCACGUGCAUCUUCCAUCACGAGCAAUGGGAGCUGCACCUCUGCUGGGGACAGCCCUGAAAAGGGGAAGAAAGGAAUAAAGGGAAUGCUUACAAGUGCACUUAAGAAGAUGAAAAAGACCAAGCCACCCAGUGUCAAACAAAUCAUGGAUCUCCUUGAAGAGCAAAGGCUUUGCGAUGCUGCUCAGCAUCUGAUUGUCCUGGAGAAGAGCCUGUCUAGCAAAAGUGAGGAGGGACUGAACACCAGCCAGCAAGACAUCGAGUCCGUCUAUGAAGUUCUGAAGCACAAAGUCUUCAGCAUCUUGAAAGACUCCCUACUGCUAGCAAAAACAAACCCAGAACUGCUGCAGCAGGCAGUAGAUGCGCUGAAAGAGCAGGAGAAAGAAGAUCAGAACUACACGUUGGAGAAUCCACCUGACCAAAACAUGCAAUUUAGACCUAGAAAAUGGAAAGAGCUUUGGAUGGCUACAAUAAAGGAGUCGGUAGAGACUCGAAUGAAAGACACAAGCCGUACUCCUAGAACUGAGAACCUCUCUGCAGUUGGACAGAACCUCCUGCACAUGGGGAAGACAAUGAAAGAAGAUUUGACAGUAGUUGUAAAGUACAUUAAACAGCUUUAUCCUCCUGAGUUUAAUGUGUUCAGCACAUAUGCAGAACUCUACCACAAUUAUUUUGCCUCCCAGGUGAAGAAAAAUGCUGAGUCUCAUCUGGAAGACAAGGAUAUUUACCUCCUCCUCUCAUGGGUGCACAACAUUUAUCCAAAAGAUAUGAGAAAAGAUCAUGUUUUAGCAGAAGAGUUGGAAAAAGUUAAGCUUGGAAGUCUUUUGCCAUCAAGUCUGAGCAAAGAGCUUGAAAAGAAAUACCUUGACAGUGAAGAGGCUACUGUCAAAAAUUCACUGAGCAAAUGUUUAGAUAAAGAAAUCCAAAGAUGGAAAGAAGACAAAGAACCAGAGAAACUAAACGGACAUUUUCAGAGUGAACUACUAGCAAUAUUUGUUAUCCAGAGUGUCUACAGCGGCCAGAAGCGAGCCAAGGACAUCAGCAUGGCAGUGGGCGAGGAGCUGUCGCAUCGCCUGUCGAGGGAGCUGCCUGCCUUCCUGAAAAGCUACAAGGAUGCUUUUGAAGACUUUAAGGAGAAAAGCAAGAAGCACAGAUACUACAAGCCUAUACUGAUUGCAAAUAUCAACAACUGCUGGAAUUUUAGAGACUACGCAGAGAAAAACAUGGCAGAAAAGGAUGACAAUAAAGCCAGUAUCCUCAGCACUCUCAGUGACAUUGAAAACAGUGGCUUUGACGUGCUGCUUCAACAGCUGUUUGCCCAGCUGAAGCCAAUUUAUAAGAAGUUUACAGAAAAUAAGUGGGACUCCAGCAAUGAAAUUAUGAACGAGAUCAUUAAAACCACGAGCACACACCUUUCAGACUUUCGGACCCUAAAGGACCCUUUCUACCACGCUAUCGUUGAGAAGAUCCAUGCCCGUUUGGUUAAAGAUUACAUCGUGAGGCUGCUGAAGAGGAAAGUCAGCCUGAAAACUCCAGCACAACAGCAAAACCUGGCCCAACAGAUCUCCAAGAACGCUGCCGACCUGGAAGCCUUCUGCACCAGCAAUGGGUCUCAAGCCAUGUGGCUGAAUUCGGCGCUCCCCAAACUGGCUGAAAUAAUCCGACUUCAGGAUUUAGGUGCUAUUAAAAUUGAAGUUGCAACACUCGCCACGACAUACCCAGAUAUCCGCAAAAGGCACCUGGAAGCGUUCCUGUACAUCAAAGCCAAUUUGUCACGCAGCGAACUCAAAAGCAUCCUAGGCUACUUGGCAGACAGUGCAGCAUCCACGUCGCCCGGGGCCCCGCUCUUCUCCAACAUAAAUGUGUCCUAG